UGAUCGCAUUCGAUCGAAAAUACUUACAACACGCGCACAAAAUGACGAACUACUCGACUUUUUUCCUCGUUUUCGUAGUGUUCAGUGUUUUACUGUGCAGUGUCUACUCAGCUGAAAUUCACAAUAAAGCAAUCAAUGGUCGUGAUGCACCUGAGGGCAAAUAUCCAUUCCACGCUUAUUUGACCGACUGGAAUGGUUUUCUCUGCGGAGCUACGAUACUCAACAAGCGCUACUUAUUGACUGCUGGCCAAUGUGUUGCAAAUAUCCCCCCAUCCGAAUUGAGGGUAACUAUCGGUACCGAUUUGACAAACGAUAAGAAUGCAACUGUAUUAAGGGUAGAAUCAGCUACUGUUCACGAAAAAUAUGGUAAAGCUGGAAUUUACGCCGAUCAUUCCGUCAAUGAUAUUGCUGUAAUUCGCGUACGGUCCAAUAUUGAAUUUAACGAAAAAGUUCAACCCGUUAAAUUGCCCAAACAAGACGAGGAAGUUCCUGCUAAUGCGUCAGUCAAAUUCAUUGGAAUGGGAACUCUCAAAUACGGAGGUUCGUACCCGGAACGACUCCAAGAAAAAGAGUUCAAAAUCCUCAAUCACGACGACUGCAAGCAGAUUUGGUUGACGCGUCAAUUGACUAGCAUCGAAGACAAUAUGAUAUGCACCGAUGCGUCAGUGAAUCACGGAGUGUGCAAGGGUGAUUCUGGAAGUCCUCUGCUCGCCGACGACGUCCAAGUUGGUAUUGCUUCCUUUGGAUACAGAUGUGCCUUAGGAAUGCCCGAUGUUUACACCAGAGUUUCAGAUUUCGUUGACUGGAUCAACGAGUUUUUGCAAGAAUAAUUCAUUAAAUUUAUAUGAUAUAUUUUGUGAUACAAUUAUUUAAACUACGCAUGAUUUUGA